UCCCCUGCAAUGGCAUCCAUUGUACGAUUCUUCUUCAUAUCAUUCCAUAUUUGCCUCUUAAGCUUCACUAUCUUCCCAGUUGUGUCAAUGCUUUGCCAGGUCAAGGAGAUGAUACCAGUUUACUUUGAUUUCCCCCAUGAAUGGGUCUCCUACGAUUCACUCAAAGACUACUCUUCCAUCUUCCUUGAUCGUGCACGGCACCACCUCGAAGAGAAUCGGGAGAUUACACGUGUGGUCUCCACCAUAUCUGUUGGGCUUCUCUUAGUUGCUGCGUAUGUGGCUGCUUCCUUGAAGAGCAAGCAGAAGAAGGAAGACCCACUUGAUAGCCCUCCUGCAACAACUUUCCAAUGCGAAAUCUGCUUUGAACCCAGGUGGGAUUUCGAGUCAUUUGCCAUAAUUGGCUGCAACCAUGUAUUCUGUUGUGAGUGCAUUAACAGUUAUGUGAUAUCCAAGUUAGAACAGAAGAUAACUAGUAUAAAGUGCCCAGAGUUGAGUUGUGAAGAAAUGUUAGAGCUUGAAUCCUGUCAUUUAAUUCUUGCACCCGAGUUGUUUGAAAAGUGGGAGGUUGCUCUCUGUGAGUCUUUAAUUGGUGAUCCCCAUAAAUUUUACUGCCCAUUUAGAGAUUGUUCUGCCCUGUUGCUGAAUGAUGAGUUGGGGGUAAUUAGGGAAUCAGAGUGCCCCAUUUGCAGGAGACUGUUCUGUGCGCAAUGUAAGACUCCAUGGCAUUCAGGGAUUGAUUGUAGAGAGUUUCAGAAGUUGAAGCAGUAUGAGAGAGGGAGGGAAGACUUAAUGGUAAUGGAGCUUGCUAAGCAGAGGAAAUGGCAGAGGUGUCCCAAAUGUCGCUUUUAUGUGGAGAAGUCCCAGGGUUGCUUGCUGAUCAGAUGCAGGUGUGGGUUUAGAUUCUGCUACAAUUGUGCCUCUCCCAUGAAAGAUCACUAUUGUCAGAAGUGUAAACACUAAUUACAUUUUCAUGUAUGGAUUGGUUG